UAAAUGGAGUCUUUAACACCGACUGAGCAGCCACAUGGGAGCAAGCCCAAGGAUGGUCUUGGCCUGUUCAUUGCCAUACACAUUGGAGUUGGCAAAUAUUCAAUGAAAUAAGGAGAAUAUAAAACAGAGAAAGAAGGUCAUUAUCCAAGCAUUAAAGGCAGUUAGCCAGGAAUGCAAGCACACUAAAGAAUCAGAGGUGAAUAAAUGCUUAUUUUGCAACGAACUUUGGCAAGAUUCAAAUGUUCCAAUAUUGGAAACUAUCAAAAUAAUACAAUCUCUUGAGAACUCUAAUAAGGUCAAUGCUGGUAGAGGCUCAUUUCUAAAUGAGAAAGGAGAAAUCGAGACUGAAUCUCUAAUAGCUACUACCGAACCAAGUCUGGCUCUCAGUGCUUUUUGUAGCUCACAAUAUCUCUUCCCAGCACAUCUGCUACAUUUUGAAGAAAUCUUGAAAGAUGACCUCUAUCCUGCAUUUUUAAGUAAACCCAGAUUUGAGGGAGGAGUUCCUUUCCUAAUUCCCUCACCAGACAAGAAAAGGAAGAAAUAAAUGGAAAAUGAAAGAAGAAAUACUGAAGGAUUCAAAAACGCCUUACGCACAAGUUUUAGAGUUGAGUGAUACUGUUGGUGUAUGUACCAUAAAUUACCGAGGCAAUGGAGCUGUCGCCUCUAGUUCUGGAGGCCCAUGGUGCCAUAAGGAGAGACGUAUUGGAAUGGUCUCAAGUUUUGGAUCAGGAAGUUAUGUAGAGACUAGCAUUCUUCAGUUUCCUGAUACUGAGGAUAAACGCAGUUGCAAGCUGACAAUUGCCCUGACAAUCUCAGGUGACGGGAAUGAAAUCCUGAGGAGAGCAGUUGCGAUAAAGAUUUAUCACUCCUAUCUUGGGUGUUUCAAGAUCCUCAUGCAGACCAAACCUUUGGUUGAUUUGCUCAAUGAUAAAACUGUGAGUUGCCAGAGUAUUAUGGAGCAAUCUAAAACCCCAACGUGAAAGAUAUUCAAUGAUGAAAUUAAAGUCUUAGUAGAAGAGCUCUCUUUUGGCUGAAUUAUGACAGUCUCACUAAAAUUAGAUCAGGAGGAUGAGAAGGAAGGAGAUUGCAAUGUUGGGUAUGAACUCACAGUUAUUCAUACAACAGUUACUCCUAAUUUUGUAUAUGGGUAUAAAUUCCCAAGUGAUACUAAGCCCAAGAUCAUGACUAAUUCCAUGAGUAAAGGGGGUGAUGUUAAGAUCAAAACAAUUUAUCCAAAAUAAGCUAAUGUCUAGUACCUGAUUAAGAGGCAAAAUAAGGAUUUAUCAUAAAUAUUCUACCUUCAAUUUCACUUUUAUCCAAAUUUGCUUCAGAAAUUAA